AUGAGCUCAGCAGUGAUAUUCAUCGAGAAAUCCGCUCCAGCAACCAUCACUGACUUCCACGACGUACUGUCCAAUGACUUGAUAUCUGUGAAGGAAAAAUGGUCCUUUGAGUUUAAAACUUUCCGGCUUACGGUCAAGAAUCUGCCUCCCGAUAGCUCAAGGCUUAUGCAUUCAAUCAGCUUUAGCAAUCACGGCAACAAAACAGUGACUAUCAAAAAUAAGUCAGCAGUGGUGACAUCCACGAAUACUGGCGAUAUUCCGACAUCUCUUAUUCUGAAUGGAUGCUCGUCUCGUUUUUGCGAAUCCUUUGACCAUCUCUUAACUUCAAAAUUGUCAAACCUAUGGACCCAGAGGCAGAGCAUAAAGGGUGAUUUUGGAAGUACGUAUCAAACCGCAGAACUUACCAUCAGGGCUACUAAUGUGUUCUCGUAUGGCGGAUUUAAAGGGCUACUUCUGGAGCUGGAGUGCGAAGGUGACGUUCAAGACCAAGACUUUGAGCAAAGGGUUGUCAAAAUACGAAAAUACCUAAAGGACAUUGGCAUUGAGGACUACAAAAUUUGCUGCGAGUCCAUGGAUCCUCUGUGCAAGAAUUUUACAUGCGAUCUUGCAUUUCAGUACGUUAAAGUUCUGGAGCUCUGA